CUGCGCAGUGUUCCAUUGCGCAGGCCUCCGGCAGAAACACGCGCAGUGCACCAUGGGACUUCCUUUUGCUCCGAAGCCAUAUUGGAGUACACUCACGGUUGGCUAGCCCGGACUAAACAGCCAAAAUGGUGGCCGCAAAGAAAACGAAAAAGUCCAUGGAGUCCAUCAACUCCAGACUCCAGCUGGUGAUGAAGAGUGGAAAAUAUGUCCUGGGCUACAAGCAGUCUCAGAAGAUGAUCCGACAGGGAAAAGCCAAGCUGGUCAUCCUGGCCAACAACUGCCCAGCCCUCAGGAAGUCUGAGAUUGAGUACUAUGCCAUGCUGGCCAAGACCGGUGUCCACCACUACAGUGGGAACAACAUUGAGCUUGGCACAGCCUGUGGAAAGUACUACAGGGUGUGCACACUGGCGAUCAUUGAUCCCGGCGAUUCUGACAUCAUCAGGAGCAUGCCAGAUCAGCAGCAGCAGGCUCAGUAGAGCGGACCCCACCCCAUUGUUAUAAAUAAAGUUGUGUAAGACAG